AUGGGCGGUAAUAUUUCACGCGAUCCACCGAAUGCUCAUGUUCAUCCACAUCAUCAUCAUCACCAUCAUCACAGACACAAUAGUAGCAGUUCUCCAACAUCCAUCAAGGCAAGAAAGUCUAAAUCGUCUACGUUGAGAAACAGCAAAUCCAAUUCGGUCAAUGAGGAGAAAAAGGCGCCCAUCAAAUCAGAUAAGCGCAUUAUAUAUGGCAGAACGUAUCAUGCCAUCGAAUCGAGUUCAUACAUGCUACCCAAAGACGACAAAGAAAUUGAUCGCUUGCAUGAAGAACAUUUUGUGACAAAAGAGCUGUUGGGAUUUAACAUUAUGGUUGAAGCAUUGAAAUCGUUGGAUUUCCAAAAUGGAGGACUCGAGGUGCUUGAUGUAUGCUGCGGACCUGCAACUUGGCUAUGCGAAACCAGUUUAGAAUACCCCAAUUGUCGUUUUACUGGCAUUGAUAUGUGUAGUCUAUGGCCCCAGGUGAUUCGACCUGUAAACCUUACGUUUACAGAGGCAAAUGUACUACAAGGAAUACCGUAUCCCGAUAAAACUUUUGAUUUCAUUCAGAUGAGAUUCGUUGUUUUAGCUUUUAGGACAAACGAAUGGCCUUUUAUUAUAUCAGAAAUCAAGCGAGUGCUCAAAGACGGUGGAUGCUUUCAGUGUGUGGAAUUGGACAUGCGAAUCAUUACGACAGACCCUAUUGCAAGAACAUACACGGAAGCAUUUGAAUCAUUCUGCGCUUCUUAUGGUUUAGAUGCCUCAGCAGGGGCAAAACUAGAUUUAAUGUUAACAGAAGGCGGAGGCAUGAAGAUACUACAGAGCGAAUAUCGAGAGGUGCCACUUGGAUGGGGUGGCCCCAUUGGUGAUGCCUAUAUACAGCUUUUUCAAGGCACACUGGAUGGACUGUCGCCUUGGUUGAAGCAGUCGUUGGGCAUCACGGAUCAUGAAAACUAUGACAUGCUGAUGAACAGAACCAGACAGGCGUUGAUUCAGUCAAGAUCGUUCAUGGGCUUGUAUGCGUUUUUAGUGCAAAAACCAAUGAAUGAUUAA